AAAAGCGUCUUUUGGGCGAACCAGAAGGUUCUCUCUCGAAAAAGUGGAAUUAUUUACAUAUAGAUUAUCGGUUUUUCCUUCCCAACACAUAAUUUAGACCUCUGGAGUGAAUCCUCGAUUGUUUUGUUGCUACGGUAACGAAACGCCAUUAGUUGCUGCAGAAACGAAGGUUCUUUUCAACGCAACAGCCCAGUCACAAAGUAACAAUUGGCGAUGGCGGAUCUAGAGAAGAUUGAAAUCCGGGACGUAACCCGUAUCGAACGUAUAGGGGCCCAUUCGCACAUCCGGGGCCUUGGUCUUGACGAUGUCCUCGAAGCACGCACCGUGUCCCAGGGUAUGGUGGGGCAGAAAGAAGCCCGCCGUGCUGCCGGCAUCGUGGUGCAGAUGGUACGGGAAGGAAAAAUCGCCGGUCGAUGUAUUUUGCUGGCGGGUGAACCUAGCACGGGCAAGACAGCCAUCGCUGUCGGAAUGGCACAGGCUCUCGGUAACGAGACACCUUUUACCAGUAUGUCCGGCUCGGAAAUCUAUUCGCUGGAGAUGAACAAAACGGAAGCCUUGUCGCAGGCGUUGCGUAAAAGCAUCGGGCUACGGAUUAAAGAGGAAACGGAAAUCAUUGAAGGUGAGGUGGUAGAGAUACAGAUCGAUCGGCCAGCUACGGGCACGGGUCAAAAGGUGGGCAAGGUAACGAUGAAAACGACGGACAUGGAGACGAAUUACGAUCUUGGCAACAAGAUUAUUGAGUGUUUCAUUAAGGAGAAGAUCCAAGCAGGCGAUAUUAUUACGAUCGAUAAAGCGUCCGGCAAGGUGUCGAAGCUGGGACGAAGUUUUACGCGGGCCCGUGAUUAUGACGCUACCGGUACGCAGACCCGUUUCGUCCAGUGUCCGGAAGGGGAGUUGCAGAAGCGCAAGGAGGUGGUGCAUACGGUGUCGCUGCAUGAGAUCGAUGUAAUUAACAGUCGGACACAUGGCUUCUUGGCGUUGUUCUCGGGCGAUACCGGGGAGAUCAAGCAGGAAGUACGUGACCAGAUUAACAGCAAAGUGAUUGAAUGGCGCGAAGAGGGCAAGGCGGAAAUUAAUCCUGGCGUGCUGUUUAUCGACGAGUGUCACAUGCUGGAUAUUGAGUGUUUCUCCUUCCUGAACCGGGCCCUCGAAAGCGAUAUGGCCCCUGUGGUGGUAAUGGCUACCAACCGAGGUAUUACUAAAAUCCGGGGCACUCACUAUCGUAGUCCGCACGGAAUUCCUAUAGAUCUGCUCGAUCGAAUGAUCAUUAUUCGUACUGUACCGUACACGGAGAAGGAAAUUAAGGAGAUUCUGAAGAUACGGUGCGAAGAGGAAGACUGUCAAAUCAACAACGACGCACUGAUGGUAUUGGGACGUAUUGCGACGGAAACGAGCCUGCGUUACGCGAUUCAAUCGAUCACCACGGCAAGCCUGGUGAGCAAACGUCGCAAGGCUGCCGAAAUCACGGUCGAAGACAUCCGCAAGGUGUACUCCCUGUUUCUGGACGAGAAGCGAUCGAGCAAAAUUUUGAAGGAAUAUCAAGACGAGUAUCUGUUUUACGAUGAUAGUCUCCCGAAAGCCGCGUCCGAUGAACGACAAGGACAAGCGAUGGAAGUUGAGAGCAACUAAGCGGGGCACACAUUCGAUUGAAAAUUAAGGACAAGAGUAGACGUUGAAUUUCCAUCUUUACAUGUGUGUCAUUUAAGAAACUUUCACAGAAGAUGUACACUUUUCGAAAGUAUUCGUGGUGUUUGAAAUGCUUCAAGAAUAAAUUUUAGCAUUACACAGAACCAGCUUGUCCAAAGAGCAGAGAAAUAUCAUCGUUCGGAUCAACCGUAAAAAAGCGCAGAAAAGCUACGAUAGAGCGG